AAUGACCUUAAGGAAAUUGAAAGUGAACUUAAGAAUGACCUUAAGGAAAUUGAAAGUGAACUUAAGAAUGACCUUAAGGAAAUUGAAAGUGAACUUAAGAAUGACCUUAAGGAAAUUGAAAGUGAACUUAAGAAUGACCUUAAGGAAAUUGAAACCAGUCAAUGGGUUGAUUCGCCAUUGAAUGUUGUCUCAUGUAAUUCUGAUUACAAGAGCAAUUGA